GUUUAUGCUCACUCGUGUUUCGAUACGUAGACAGUGGUCGGGACAUGACACUGAUGUAUAGAAAGCGUUCUAGGGAAGGAACACCUGAACAUUCCCAACAUCAAUAUCUGAGCAAUCCUCUACCUCAUCGCGGGAAAAAAAGAAAUUGCAGACAUACCAUAAACGAACUUUUUGUAUCUUCUGAAAUAAUUACUGAUAGUUGAUACCGCUUCUUCACGAUCGUCGUUCUUUCCAUCUGAUCUAAUGAACACACCGGUUGGCUAUACUUGCAAAAUCGAGAUGUGUGAGCUUCAAGAUAUUCCAUGUACUCCUCUUCCCAUUCGCAAUUCGCCCUUUGCUGCCUUGGUAGCUAGUGCUAUGAAAAAAUGUGAUGAAAACCAACUGUUUCCUACGGACUGUGUCGCCCGUUUGCAUGCCUCUGCCAUUUUUAAGACUGAUGAACCUUUCUUGUUAAACGAUGAUGAUGAUAAUGGUACUAAGCGUUUGCCGGAGAACGUCUAUAAAAAUAUUCAUGCCUUUAAACGAGCUAUGCAAAGAGGCACACUGUAUAUCCCAUCACAUACAUACACAACCUUGAAUCAAAUGGCUCUCGACAAUGUCAUCUCUUCCACUUAUUUGCUGCAUGGUAAACCGAGAAUGAAAGACAAAGGAUCGGAAUUAAGCCAAGUCGCCUUGUCUGUCUCUACGUUUUUGUGUCCACUGUUUUCUGCUCACGACCAAGUCCAAAUUGAGUUUGACAACACUUCUUGGAUCUUCAAACAACAAGAUGCUAAUGACAAUGAGAGUUUACGUCCUGAUAUCAUUUUUUAUCAACAGCAAGAUGUGGUUGUGGAAGUAGGCUGUGGAGAAGUGAAGAAGUCUGGUGUUUCCGAAGCCCUAUUAAACGAAGUCAAAAUGCGUGUACUUGAAGUCAUGAAGCGUCAACUGCAUUUACGCCUCUACCAUGCUAAAAAAGAGUAUGAAGCAGUGACUUUCGGCAUUCUCGUUCAAGGUAAGGUUAUAGAAGAUACUGUAUUGUAUAUGCUUCUUAGCAAACUUGUUUUACAAAGGUACAACGGUCAUAUUACUGAGAAUGCAAAUGGAUCUUGAAAACGGUGUAUACAUAUAUCAUGAGGAAAAUCCAUUCGCUCUUCCUACUACAUAUCACACUCAUGCACAUAUGGAUAUUGCUCUAGAGGUCAUCAGCAACUUUAAGGACCAAAUUUCGAAAUCGAUUCUGAAAGUGGAAGAUCAAGAUUGUCCAAGCAUCUGGGAUCGCUACAAGCCUUAUGUUCGCCCCACAGUAUCUUACUUUGAGCCCAUAUACCAUAGUUAAUACAUCUGUACUCUGCUUGUACAAUACGUCUUUUUUUUUCAAACGUGUAAUAUUCUAGGUUAUAAACUAUAGCUAAAAAGAGAUAAGUGCAAAUUGUACCAAUACGAUUGGGUUAUAAUUCGAUAAGAUAUUUUAUUAUAUAAAAGUGGGGGUUAUUUAUAUGAAUAUUGG